AGGAACGCCUGGCCGCGGCGGGCACGAGCACAGCAGCGCGGACCCGCAGAGCAGAAGGACGCAGUCUCUUUAUUGCUGAGGAAGUGAAACUCGCUCGCGAUGGACGGCUGCGCGCAGAUGUGCAAGUGUUUCCUGAUCCUCUUCAACAUUCUGUUCGCGCUGGUGGGCUUCGGUCUGGUGGCUCUGGGAAUGUGGCUCCGGUUCGGCGCAGAGACCCGAGGCUUCUUCGACAUCGAUCUGAACACCCCUGAGUUUAACAUCGGUGUGAUGGUGCUGGUGGUCACCGGGGUCCUGAUGCUGCUGGUGGCCGUGAUCGGUGACUGCGGCGCCUGUAAUAACAGUAAAAGUGCUCUCGGCGUGUUUUCUGGCCUGCUGACCGUUCUGAUCAUCGUUGAAAUUGCAGCUGGUGUGAUGGCCUUCAUGUGGAGCGGACGGGUGUCAGGUGAGUUGGUGAACUUCUAUACCACCAUCUACGCUCAGUAUCUCAACACCAGGAGCCCAGGUCAAGCCGUCACCCUCAAAUUAUUCCACAACGCUUUCGACUGCUGCGGCAUCGGCGGAGAGAUCGAGAUAUUUGUGCGAGACACCUGUCCAGAAGGCAACAUCCUGCAAAAGUUCACAUAUCCUAGCUGUCCCAGCGUGAUCAAGAACGUCUUCGAGUCUCACGCUCCGCUGGUUCUGGGAGGGUUUCUGGCGACGGCAGGAAUCAUGACGCUGGCUCUGGUCUGCAGCGUGGUCCUCAGAAGACACGUCUCUCCUCAGGCGUCUCCUCCAGCGUACGUGCUCCUCACCUCCUCGCCCUCAGUGCUGCUCCCUCCUCCAGACGCUCAGCUCAUAUAAGCCUCCGUCUCUCUGGUGCUGGUCUGCAGCUCUGUGCUCUAUAAUAGUCUGAACACACCUUACUGCGCAUCUGCAUCGGUCUGCUGAGCUCCACUCGCUUUCUUUGCUCAGAGGUCAAGGGAAUCACAUCUGUGAGUCGCACGCGUCUAGAACUGAUCCGAAUGGCUUCAAAGUCCCAACUCCAGUCUAAACUGAGGCCAACAGCAGGAUGCAGAAUUCUGAUUCAAGUCAAAUUAAGGUCAAACGAACUGCACAGAAAUCCUUGUAAUGCUUCAUUUCAUCUGUCAGCACGAAUCACUCGUAAACAUGUUUAGGUUCAACAUAUGGGCUGUUUAGACUUUUGAUUUUACCGCAUUAAUGCUGUGCAUCGUAGUGAAAGUCAUUCCUUCGGUUCUGAAUUCUGCGCGACUCUGUUACGCUGUAACUGUCUGUUACGAUCUCGUCCUGAAUAUUUCAAUGUCUUGCUGUACGAUUAAAGUCUUCAUGUUUCAUGUUAGUUUUUUACUGAAACACAUUAAAGAAACUUCUAUAAAUAUG